GGGGGCAGGACAGAGGACCCUCCAUUAUUCCCGCCGCCCCUUCUCCAGCCUGUGCGUCACUGCGGGGCUGGGCGGCUGCAGGACGCUGGAGGAGGAAGGCAGCGGGUGAGCGGCAUCCCCAUUCCCUGGCCCGGGGCACCAUGAAGACACGCUGAGUGCCCAGCCGCCUGCGCCGCGUCCAGCCGCCGUCCGGGACAAUGAUUCCCGUUACUGAAUUCCGUCAGUUCUCCGAGCAGCAGCCAGCAUUCCGAGUCCUCAAACCAUGGUGGGAUGUGUUUACCGAUUAUCUGUCUGUGGCCAUGCUUAUGAUCGGGGUGUUCGGCUGUACAUUGCAGGUAAUGCAAGAUAAGAUUAUCUGUCUGCCAAAGAGAAUAUAUCCUGCUCAGAACACUUCUAUUUAUAAUGCAUCUGGUGCCACUACCAAUAUGCCUCUUCCGACUCCCAAGCCAACAGCUCCUUCUGGGACAGUGGAAAUGAGGGGAUUAAAGACAGACUUGGAUCUCCAGCAAUACAGUUUCAUUAAUCAGAUGUGUUAUGAGCGUGCCCUUCAUUGGUAUGCAAAGUAUUUCCCUUACCUAGUUCUCAUCCACACUUUAAUUUUUAUGGUUUGCAGCAACUUUUGGUUUAAAUUUCCCGGAUCAAGUUCAAAAAUUGAGCAUUUUAUUUCCAUAUUGGGGAAGUGUUUUGAAUCACCCUGGACAACUAGAGCUUUGUCAGAAGUAUCUGGUGAGGAGCCAGAAGAGAAGGACAACCGGAAAAAUGCUCUGAGCAAAACAAUUGCUACCCCUUCUGCUGUGGAGAGCCCACUUGUGAAGACCCAGUCGCUAAAAUCCAUACCUGAGAAGUUUGUGGUUGAUAAAACGACAGCAGGAGCCCUGGAUAAAAAGGAAGGAGAACAAGCUAAAGCCUUAUUUGAGAAAGUUAAAAAAUUUCGACUGCAUGUUGAGGAAGGAGAUCUUCUUCAUGCCAUGUAUGUGCGUCAAACCAUACUGAAAGUUCUUAAAUUCCUCAUUAUUAUUUGCUACAAUAGUGCACUUGUUUCCAAAGUACAGUUUACUGUGGACUGUAAUGUUGACAUACAAGAUAUGACGGGAUAUAAGAACUUUUCCUGUAACCACACAAUGGCGCACUUGUUUUCAAAAUUGUCCUUUUGUUACUUGUGUUUUGUUGGAGUCUAUGGACUUACGUGCCUUUAUACUCUCUACUGGUUGUUCUACCGGUCCUUGAAGGAAUAUUCUUUUGAGUAUGUUCGUCAAGAAACUGGCAUUGAUGAUAUUCCAGAUGUGAAAAAUGAUUUUGCCUUCAUGUUUCACAUGAUAGACCAAUAUGACCCACUCUACUCAAAAAGGUUUGCAGUUUUCUUAUCAGAAGUCAGUGAAAAUAAAUUGAAGCAAUUAAACUUAAAUAAUGAAUGGACAGUGGAUAAGCUGAGGCAGAGGUUACUAACAAAUGCUUACAACCGCUUGGAGAUACAAUUAUUUAUGCUCUCCGGUCUUCCAGAUACUGUCUUUGAGAUAACCGAGCUGCAGUCUUUAAAGCUGGAAAUUAUUAAUAAUGUCAUGAUACCAGCAACAAUUGCUCAGCUUGAUAACCUUCAAGAAUUGUCCUUGUCUCAGUGCUCUGUAAAAAUUCAUACAGCAGCCCUGGCUUUUUUAAAAGAGAAUCUGAAGAUAUUGAGAGUAAAGUUUGACGAUGUUCGAGAACUUCCACCAUGGAUGUACAGUUUGAGGAACCUAGAGGAACUGUACUUGAUAGGCUCUUUAAGCCAUGAUAUAUCCAAAAAUAUAAACCUUGAGUCUUUCCGGGAGCUGAAGAGUCUUAAGAUACUGUUUAUCAAGAGUAAUUUAUCUAAAAUCCCUCAAGGAGCAGUUGAUGUUUCUGGUCAUCUUCAGAAAUUAUGUAUCCAUAAUGAUGGAUCCAAGCUGGUAAUGCUAAACAAUCUAAAGAAAAUGAUCAACUUGACAGAGCUGGAGCUUAUACACUGUGACUUGGAGCGCAUACCUCAUGCAAUUUUUAGUCUUAUAGCUCUUCAAGAACUAGAUCUGAAAGAAAAUAAUCUUAAAUCCAUUGAAGAAAUACUUAGUUUUCAACAUUUGCGUAAACUCACAAUCUUAAAGCUGUGGUACAACAGCAUUACCUAUAUUCCAGAACACAUAAAGAAACUUACAAGUUUGGAACGACUGUACUUCAGCCACAACAAGAUAGAGGUGCUUCCAUCUCACCUGUUCUUAUGCCACAAACUUCGAUAUUUAGACUUGUCUUAUAAUGAUAUUAGAUUCAUUCCUCCUGAGAUCGGAGUUCUCCAAAGUAUACAAUAUUUUUCAAUUUCUUGCAACAAAGUAGAAAGUGUGCCAGAUGAACUGUAUUUCUGCAAGAAAUUAAAAACCUUAAAAAUCGGGAAGAAUAACCUAUGUACUCUUUCACCAAAAAUUGGGAAUUUAGUAUUCCUAUCUUACCUGGAUAUUAAGGGUAAUCAUUUUGAAACUUUGCCACCAGAACUUGGAGAUUGUAGGGCCUUGAAGAGAGUUGGACUUGUUGUAGAAGACACUUUAUUUGAGACACUUCCAUCCGAUAUUAGAGAACAAAUGAAAUCUGAAUAGGACAAAACGACCUGAUGUCAGGGCCUAUUAUAGGACUGAAAGGGAAAUCAAGAACAGUACUGUUGUGAAGACAGAGGGAAUGAUUCUCUGUUACUGGACCUAAUAUUUUGUCUUGUCAUGGCCCACUUAUACUGGGCAUCAUUUUAGUGUACAUGUUGCUGGUCACUAUUUUUCAGCACUAUAGUGUUGACUGUUGAGUGUUGGCAUUAAAACAAUCUAUUGCAGGGCAAUGUAACUUUUUGUGGGACCUUUGUAAACUUUUAUUUGAGGUUAGAAAUGCUCAGGUACUGUCUGUAGAUCUGAGAAACAUUUAUAUUUUGUUUAAAAAAAAAAUUUUGUGUUACAGUUACUUUGUCGGUUCUUUUAUGACUGUUCCAGGGACCAAGCUAUCACGAAUUAGCUCAUCAAGUAUACCUGUUUUGUAUAAAUAACUUAAAUGACUAUACAGUGUUUCGUGAAUGUUAGUUUGUGCCUUAUUUUAUCACAUAAUGAGAAAAAAAAUGCGUUUCAGACUUUUUUUAUUCUAGAAUUCGAUGCACUAUAAAGAUGAUUUUGAACAUGGA